AUGGUGGUGCGAAUUUUGACUUCGGCCCGGAUCCAUCUGCCACCCAACAGAUCGUCCACUGCGUGGCUCCUGCUACUGCUGGUGGUGGCCACCGUCGACCUCGGUACCGGACCUUGGCUCGGUCAGGUGGACGGCGGUGCGGUCGGGCUGCGGGAAAAGCUGAGCGUCUACGAGCAACGGCUGUACAAACGGCAGAUCGAAGAAAGUGAAAACAGUGGCCUGUACGAUGCGACCGAUUCCGUAAUUUCGCUGACUGCGGCCAACCUGAAACAGCAGGUGUUUAACCAACCCCAUGCCUCGCUGGUCGAGUUUUACAACUCCUACUGUGGCUUCUGCCGCCGGUUCGCACCUAUCUGGAAGCAGCUGGCCACGGACAUUCUUGGCUGGCAGAAGCUGGUUCGCGUGACGGCGCUGGACUGCUCGCGGGAUGAAAACAAUGCCGUCUGCCGGGAGUUCGAAGUAAUGGCCUAUCCGACGAUCCGGUUCUUUUCCCCGUACUAUACGGAUGGCGAACAGAAGAUAGGAAACCCAGUGAAAGAGCACGAUGAACAACGCAUUAUCGAUCGGUUGGUCGAAUACAUGCUGCGCGUCGAGAACAAACCGACCAACUGGCCCAACCUUACCGCCAUCAAUCGUACGGACGAUAAAGCGACUCUGUUCGAAGCCACCUCCAUCGGUGCUACUAAGCCAAAGUACGUGUAUCUGAUUAACGAGAAGGACGUGAACGCGACGACCGGUUUGCAGGUGAUCCUCGAUUUCCACGACACACCAGACGUUGUCGUUUACCGGGUGCACGACCCAUCCCUUACCACGAACGGUCUCUCGGUGGUGGAUGGUUCAUCGCUGAGCGUCAUCAACCUACCAAUUGACGAAUUCUCCCGGGAGAAAGUUCGCGAAGCGAUCCGAUCACACCUGCGCCAGCAUAACAUAAUCGUGACGGACGUGUCGACAAAAUCCGCCAAAAAAGCCGGAGAAGGUGCAGCUGGUACGACCGAACAGAACAUAUCGGCCCUGAUGGAACAAAAGCAGGAAGCGGCAAUACGAGCUAAGGUAAAGGAACUGGGGGCUGCCGUUGUGUAUCAGGCUGAUUUGGAGGAAGCGGUACGGUUUGCACUCUUCCAUGAGAUUGGACGGUUCCGAACGAUCGAGGGUGAACGGUUGGUGGCGUUGCAGAACUUUUUAAACGUGCUCGUGCGCUACUUCCCCUUCAACGACAAUGGCCGACGGUUCCUUACGGAAGUACGCCAGUACGUACUAAACACCGGCGAGGAACGACUCGAUGGGGAAGCAUUUGUGGCGCGUGUAAAAGCGCUCGAAACCGAGCGAAAGCCGGUGUUCUCCUCCAAUCAUUGGAUUGGUUGUUCCGGGUCGAAAGAAGGAUUGCGUCGCUAUCCGUGCGGUUUGUGGACGCUGUUUCACUAUCUAACGGUGCAGGCCGCCGAGAGUGAUCUGUCCAACAACCCACUGGAAGUGUUGGAAGCGAUGCAUGGUUACAUUAAGCACUACUUCGGGUGUUCUGAGUGCUCGCAGCACUUCCAGCAGAUGGCCGAUCAAAAUCGUAUCUGGCAGGUGGGUACGAAGGAUGACGCCGUACUGUGGCUUUGGUCAAGCCACAAUGAAGUGAAUAAGCGUCUUGCGGGCGAUGCAACUCAGGAUCCGGAACAUCCAAAAGUGCAAUUCCCGACCACAAGCGAUUGUACGCAGUGUAGACGCAAGAUCCUCACCAACCACCACAACCACCAGCAGUACACGAUGGAAGACGGUAACGAGUGGAACCUGACAGAGGUGCUGCUCUACCUUAAGCACAUGUACGCGUACGAUCGACGCAAUUUGUUCGGUCUGCAUGAUAGCAGCCUCGCGCCACAGGGUUCAGACGGUCGAUCGGAAUGGGGUGGCGCUGCUGCAUCCGGUGCCCAAACAAGCUACCACUCGUACGGUAAUGUGCUCAGUGACAUCGACAUCCGCUUCAGUGCGCUGUUGUACGUAACCUGCAUCGUGAUGAUAGUGAUUGCGAUCAAGAUGGUUGUGAAACGUGGCUAUCGAAAGAAGAUGUACCCACACGAUAUCCUGGGUAAGGUGUAA